UCUCCCGGGGCUGGCCCAGCCUCCUCUGGCGUCCCGCUUUGUCAAGAGCAAUUAUCCUAAGUCCCUUCGCAGCCGGGAGAUGGGCUUAAAGGUUAGAGCAUCUCUGAAAGCUGUGUCUGGGCUGAGCCGAGGCUGAGCCCCAUUGGAGGCGGACCAGGGGAGAGGGAGACAGAGCGUGUGUUCAGUGGUCAGCUCAACCCGAGGAAAAGUUCCUGCUGCUCGCCUGUGAAAGCCCGGCUGCGGGAGGUCAGGGCUAGCAGCCAGCCCGUGCCCCGGGACCGUGGAUGCAGCCUCCGCCUCGAAGGCUCCAGUGGACCCCAGCUGCCUCCAGCAAGAGGCCCCGGCCGGAGCCCCCUUCCUCCCACAGGAGCAGAAGGAGAAGCCUGGGGGGUACGCCGGUGCUCGUGUGGGCCGGCCCCCAUGCCAUGGGAGCAACUCAUGGGAAAAAGAAAGAAUAUUCUUCUCAGUCCAAGUUUCACAAUGAAAAUAGGAAACACAGUAUGAAUGGCUCAGCUUCAUUAUAUUCCGAAAUGCAGAGGGAUCGAACAGAAAGAGCUGGAGGAGUCACAGCCCAUCCGGACUACAAAGACUGGAACACAGAACUUAUCAAACCCAAGAAGCUGACCAAUCCCGUCAAAGCCUCCAGAAGUCACCAGGAGCUACAUAGGGAGCUCUUAAUGAACCACAGAAGAGGCCUGGGAGUGGACAGCAAGCCGGAGCUGCAGCGGGUCCUGGAGCACCGGAGGAGGAAUCAGCUGCUCAGGCUGAAAAAGGAGGAGGAAGAAGCCAAAAAACUCAAGUCGCCAUUUGAGCAGGAGCUCCUGAAGAGACAGCAACGACUGGACGAGAUGGAAAAAGAAGCCCAAAGGGAAGAGGACCAGGCCCCCGAGUUUAUUAAAGUCAAAGAAAAUCUGCGGCACAUUGCCACAAUAGCGGGGGAGGAGCAAGUCUAGCCGGGGAGGACGGAGCCAGGGGGCCGCCACCUGGACUCCCGGAGCCUCGACCCCAGCAGCCGCCGCAGCCUCCUGUACCUGACAUCCCUGUGCUCCCCAUGGACACUGGCAACCAGACCUUUGGGACUCCUUCCCGACACUAGCGCUCGCUCCCCAACGCCUCGUGGGGGCUCUAGGUCCGGAAGUGGGUUAUGGCAAGGGUCACGCGACAUAUAGCAGUCCCUAGUAGGACUCUUCCUAUGAGGGCGGGCAUGGCCCACUACCAGGGCCUCUCCUCCCUGCGGGCACACUAACACCUAGAGCUCCACUUCCUCGGUAACAACCCCCCAGUGUCCCCUGCCCACCAUGGGAAUCUGGGCGUGUUGAAGGAGAGGGAGGGCACCCUGCAAGUGUUUUUGUCUUUAUUAUUGCUGCCAUUAUUAGCCCGGAAGUCACAGGGGGCACUUAAUGGCAGCCUUCCGUGGUCUGACCCCCAGAUGAGCCCCAGCUUGGAUAAGUAGGACUUCCUGAUCAGAGCCUUGCCCGGCUGGCCAAAACUCAAACAGCUGCCAAGUGUUGGGAAGCCCGUGCCCUUUCCCCCUCAGGUUUGCCAGUCACAGGGCUUGGGGUCAUCAGCAUGGAGAGGGUAAUUCUUGGAGUUAGGACCAGCCCUGGCUGCCCUGGGGAUGGCUUCCUAGCGGGCCAUCAUUGUGGGGGUCACCAAGACACCCCCGCUCCAGGAACAGCAGACCCCUCCCAAUCCGGUGUUCAGACCUGGUUUCCUGGGCUCCUUCUGACUCCAUUUCCCUUUCUGCUUCCUGGGCUACCUGCACCCCUGUGAGUUCUGUGCCAUUUUGUGAUGCCUUGUAUGUUUGAGAAAACUGGAGAAUAUUUAGCCCCCAGUCCCCUCAGCUGCUCAAAUCAGACCCUUAAGUCGUCUCAAACAGAAUUCUGCCCAGAAAGGGACGGACUGGCGGAGCGGGCAGAGAGAAGCCACGUUUUGCUCCUUCCAGGCUCUGGCCAGCAUCAGCCCAGUCUGGCAGGGAGGUACAAGGCCAGGGUCUCUGCUCCGACCAGCCAUGCCCACCCCUGGGUUAAGAGCUAAACCUCCAACAAACUCCCUAAUCCAACUAACUGUACAUCCGAGGCAGACCAAAGGAAACUCAGAGACUACAAACGGCUUAAAAUUAAAUCCUGAGAGGCUCUGGAGAGUCCAGAGAAAGCCGUUGGGAAGUACCGGCCAGUACCGGCUACCUGGUCUGGCCCUCAAGGACUAGGAGCUUCAGGGAAGGGGCCUGCACUGGUUCAAAUCAGAUUUGGGCUAACCAAAACAAAACAAAAAAUCAAAGCAUCCAAUGAAUAAAUAAAACUGCUGCAGUAGAUCAAACAUCUUUAAGUUGUAUGAAAAUUCCAGCUGC